UUUAUUCCAUCUAAUCCAUCAUUAAACGUAGCAUCGUCGAACAUGGAAAAAAAUGAAAAAAAUGAAGAAAUAUCUUCUCACAACGCCCUAAAUGAUGCCGAAGGUUUUCAAACUGUUGUCUCAAGAAAGAAAAAGCGUAACUUCAUUCGAGAAGUGGAAAUUCUAAAAAUAAAUUGUAUCUGCCUUUGUGAACAUUGGUUGAACCAUAUCGAAAUCGAUAAUAUUCAUGUGCCCGAUUUCAACACGGCAGCAUUUUUUGCGCGGUCUUCAAAGAAGCAUGGAGGAGUCAUGCAGCUGAUGCACCAAAGUAUCCCCUUCAAGAUUCUGUCUGAUAAGGUAUCAGCACUUUCUGCUGAGGUGGAUUGCGAAUUAUGCGGCGUACUUAUCACUAAGUUAGAUUUAAUUUUAAUAACGGUUUAUCGCUCGCCAAAAGGCGAUUUUCAUAAAUUUAUUGAUACUAUAGUCAUUCUUCUUAAUGAAAUUCAUUGCAAAUCUAAAUACGUCAUAGUGGGUGGAGAUUUUAACUUAUUAUUUGGCACUAAUGAUGCAAAAGCCAAUUAUUUUUGUAAUCUUUUGUCUAGCUACGGCUUAUAUUCUACUGUCAGAUUUAAAACGCGUUAUAACAACACACUUGAUAAUGUGUUUACUAAUAUUAAUUCAGAUAUGAUAAAUAUAACACCUGCUAAACUUUAUCAGUCGGACCAUACUGGAAUAUGUGUAAAUGUUACUCUAAAGGAAGCUGUAUUCGAUAACUCAUUUAUCCCUAAAUAUGUAAGGCCCAUCUCACAGUUUGGGAAAAUCAUGUUUUUUAAUUUAUUACAACAAGUUGAUUGGAGUUUCAUUGAUCAAAAUUGCGACUUUAAUGCGUCUGAUUUGUUCUCGAUCUUUAUAGAUACGCUACUAUUGUAUUAUAAUAUCGCCUGUCCUGAGAAGAAACUAUCGUGUAACAGAUCCAAGCCAGAUGCCACUAGAUUAAUUUCAUCGUAUCUUUUGAAUCGAUUGCAAGUAGUCUCUGUUGAUGGUAUAGUCUCCGAUAAAGAACAAAUCGCGUAUGGUGUACCUCAGGGGUCCAUCUUAGGGCCUCUACUUUUCUUAAUUUAUGUGAACGAUCUGCCAUACUAUUUCCCUGAUUUUUUUACGAUAUUGUACGCGGACGAUACUACUUUUAGUAAAAAGGCAAUGUCAUCUUCAUUAGUAAUAAGUACUCUUAUGAAUAUAUCUUCGCAAGCGGAACCUUGGUUUUUCGCCAACAAACUUUGCGUAAAUAAGAACAAAUCAGUUCAGAUGGUAUUUUCAUUGAAGAAAGAUAAGUCUUUUGCGGAUACGAAAAAACAUACACACAACAUGCCAUCAUUAAAAUUACCCAAUCUCAACAUGUUAUACAUAGGUGAGAAUCGUAGAAAAUCGGUUCGAGGUGUGGACAUGUAG